GAUCUUCGUCGAACAGGCCGCGAUUAUACGAAUAUUAACCGAGCUGCUGAAGAUCUAGGAGCUGGUGCUUCUGCCGUCGCAGCUGCGGUAGCCGUAGCCUCUCAACAACAGCAGCUUCCCAGCCAACAUGCUUCGGUUGGUGUACAGCCCCUUAGUAAUACCAUGACUAUCUCGCAACGUGGUGCUUCAGCCCCGCUGGGCAGCUGUGCUACUUCUAGUGGCAUUAUUGGUGGUAGCAGUAAUAGCGUUAGUUGCACAGGAAUUUCUGAGAAGCAAAUAUUCCAUCCUUAUCCCAAUAACAAUACCUCCUUAGCCCCUGGAUCAGGAAGUGGCUCCAGCUCCGGACCGGCCAGCUUCUUAGCUGCUGGACUUACGGCACUCGGAAACUCAGCCACAACUUUAAUGCAUUCAGGACACUCUGCUGGAAACAAUGGAGGUAGCAGUAAUAAUAGUUCGAGUGGCCAUCUAUCGCUAUUCAGUCGUCUUACGUCUUCAGGAAACUCGAAGCUGGCUCGGCAAUGA